AUGGUGGAGCAAGCAGACGACGCGCCGCUCCUCUUCUGGGCCGAGGGCCCGGCGGUCUCUCUGCCGGAGCCGGUCGAGGCCGGCCGCUGGGGAGGCUCGCCAUGGGGCGGCGGCGCGGGGGAGCCGGUGGCGGCUGCUCUGGCGGGCACCGGCGGACGCCUCCGGGAGUCGGACUCGGAGCAGGUGGAAGAGGAUCAGAUCGUGGCGGUGUUUGUGGUUACCUUCGACCCCCGCACGGGUAACAUGGUUGAAUGGUGUUUGCCCCAAGACAUUGAUUUGGAAGGUGUCGAGUUCAAAUCUAUGGCUAGCGGGUCCCAUAAAAUACAGUCGGAUUUCAUUUACUUCCGGAAAGGCCUUUGCUUUGGCUUGGCCUGUUUUGCCAACAUGCCAGUGGAAAGCGAACUUGAAAGAGGUGCCCGAAUGAAGUCUGUAGGGAUUCUUUCUCCUUCCUACACCCUGCUGUAUAGAUAUAUGCACUUCCUGGAGAACCAGGUCAGACACCAGCUGGAGAUGCCAGGACAUUAUUCUCACCUAGAAGCAUUUUAUGAUGACAAGAAAGGGGUUCUCCCUGCUGGCAAGGACACCCCUUGUUCUCAGCAACCUGUCCACUGGCUGCCUUCCAUUCACAGAUAUAUGUAUCCAGAGAUGAAGAUCACACAUCCUGCAGGCUGUAUGUCUCAGUUCAUCAAGUUCUUUGGCGAACAGAUCCUCACACUCUGGAAGUUCGCUCUCCUUCGCAAACGGAUUUUGAUAUUUUCACCUCCUCCUGUUGGUGUGGUCUGUUAUAGAGUUUAUUGCUGCUGCUGCCUAGCCAAUAUCUCCUUGCCUGGCAUUGGUGGGACCAUCCCAGACUCCAAACCUUUCUUCUACGUCAACGUGGCGGAUAUUGAAAUGCUGGAGACUGAAAUGUCAUAUGUGGCCUGCACGACAGAGAAGAUCUUUGAGGAGAAACGAGAUCUCUACGACGUCUAUGUGGAUAACCAGAAUGUGAAGACGCACCAUGAGCACCUGCAGCCACUCCUGAAGAUCAACAGUGCGGACAAAGAAAAGUACAGGAGGCUCAAUGACCAGAGACAGAUGCUGUUGUACUCCCAGGAAGUGGAUGGAGACUGCAGCUCUUGUGAAGAGGACCUCUUCAUCCUGUUUUUCAUGGAGCAGAACAACCGGAUUUUUCAGACCUUGAUGGAGGUGUCAGCCAGUCAAGACAAGACCUUGACAGCUGACCACGCCCGAGGAAUGGGCUUGGACCCACAGGGAGACCGUAGCUUCCUCAUGGACCUGCUGGAAGUCUAUGGCAUUGAUGUCAUGCUCGUCAUCGAUAACCCUUGCUGCACUUGAGGAGAGAGGACAAUAUGCAAGGGAGAUGGGAUGGCAGCAGCCUCUUGCGGACUGCAGGAAGUGGCCAUGCAGCCUGGCUGGGAUUUGCCGUGACUCACAUCUUGAAGGGAUUGCCUUUUAUUUAAGAGAACGCUCUACAGAAAGUGUUAUUUAUAAUUUUUGUCCAAUUAACUUUUUUUUAAUUUUCAGGCAUCCCAAGCAAGAAGGUGAUUUCUCUUUUCCAGGAUAGACUGCUCAGGCCUCCCACUUUUGAGUUCUGGAAGGCCUGUAUUGAGCUUCAUUACCUUCCACCUUCCUUGCCCCCAAAUGGACCUUGUGCUAGUGGUUCUGAGAUCCAAACAGGAUCUGGGGAUGAGUAGCUGAGCAAAGCACUUUUUUCUCUUGGGGACCAAUGUGAAACGUUAUGCUGCUUUGAGCCUUUGUGUCUUACCUGCUGGCAACACCCCAUCCAAACGGGUAGUAGCAGUCUCUGAAUCUUACAUCCCAUCACUGCAGUUGUAACUUAUGCAUGUUAGGACACCUGCACUCUACCUGUAUGGAGUUUCCACUUGAAUUAUGGUUGGCCUGCGAGGUUAAGAUUUUUCUGUGGCAUCCAGUGGGCCUCUCUCUUUCUCCAAGUCAGGGGGAACAGUAUAGGAUGGUUUAUUCUCUCACGUCCGGUGCCAGUAAAACAAUAGACCUUGGGCAGCCCUUUCUUUUUGAGGCUGAACAAUAGGAAGAAAUUGAUAGCCCAUCCCUUCCCACCAUAUUGUUCCUGUUGGCAGAUCCUGCUUAGAGUUAGUCCUGUUUCAGCCACGGUAAACAUCUCACAACUACCAUCCGAAAAAGGCCCAAUUACAAGUGAUCCCGUUUGCAGCCAGCGAUAUUGACCGUGCCUGUGUGCCGUGCAGAAACUGUAUGGACCAUCUGCAGCUAUAGAACGCAGUUCUCUUCACCAUCGCCUGUCUGGAGGAGUUUCUUCUUGAGACAUAGCUGUAGUGGCAAUGGCCCCUGUUCCCAUCUUGGUAUCUGUUCCUGCUUUGGCCGUGGCUCAGUGGGUAGAGCCUUUGCAUGCAGAAAGCUCCAGGUUCAAUCCCUGGUAUCUUCAGUUAACAGAAAUGGGUAGUUGAUGUGGACACUUCUGCCCGAGGCCUUGGAGAGUAGCUGCCAGUCAGAGUAGACUAUACUGACCUUGAUAGACCAGUGGUCUGACUCAGUAUAAUGCAGCUUCAUGUGCCUCUUCCUGUACAAGGCAGUUCAUUACCCAGUGGCAGGGGGACAGCAUUUGGUGCUCUCCCCAGGAAUCUUUUGAUGUUACCUUGUAGCUGAACAGCUAGAGAGUCAAUAGUGGGAUUGUACUGAAAUUGCACUAAGGGGGUGGCAACUGCUCCCCCUGCAGGCGUUCUGCUACCCUACAGCAAAAGGACUGAGCAUAGCUUAGAAGGGCUGUAGACAACAGUGAGCCUUUUGCACAUCCCUGACAAAAAGCAUUUGUAGGAAACAUUGGGUUUGCUGUACACGGGAGCCCAUUCAGACCUGCAGAGUUCUGCCUCUUCAAAACAGCUUUUAGGUUUAGAUCUGGCUUAACUUGCAUUGCAGACAGUUGCCAAUCUUGGUUGCUUCUUUGUGACUUGUUUUGGUGUAGCCGCUUCAGUGCCUUCUGCUUGCUGUCAGGUGUCCUAGGAUCUAGCUGUGUGCCUAAGUAACGCCACUGAAAGUUUAGCCCGUUUCUUUAGCUGGCUAUUGCAGAUGAGACCAGGCCUGCAUGUCCGCUCUGUUGCAUUAAAUUCAGCCCCUCUGAUAAUAUGCUGGGGAUAGGCUGCUGGAAAGGUUCGGUUUGGCCUCCAGCCUAGGCCCUGAUCCCAAGGAAGAAUCACCACAGCACCUUUUUGGAGCACAUCCUUCUUCAUGAUUUGAGACGCAAAAGACCUCUUUUCCCCAUCAUCAAAUGCAUCAGUAGCAUCAGAGAGCUUAAAUACAGGUCACACUUUCGUCAUGUCCUCUCCAGGUCUGCACAAUCAAAAUGCAUUGUGAGUUCCAUGCGGGGAAUUCCCAAGCAUUUGUGGGCCAAUUCAUAUCAGGACUGUGGCAUGCAGAGAAAGGGUACUUAAGUGCCCCCGCACAGCGCCAUUUUCCUAACCUAGAGGCCCUGAGGAACAGCUGCAUCUCAGUACACAUCUGGUCCUGUGAAAUACACAAAGAAAAUGUAAGAUACGUUUAAGCCUGAAGGCUGUGUCACUUUUAGCAUAUAAGGUGGAUAAACUCUCGCCAGGCUCUCUGUUGAGGCUCAUGCGGAAGGAGUGUCAACUGGCAGAGCGAACACUGUGCUAGCCCUUGCUAAAACUCAAAAGAGGGCUCCUCUGAGUAGUUAGCUGCCAAUCAGCACCAUGCAAAUUCUGCCCUUGACCUGCCUUCAUUCAGCUAGUGGAUAUUUGGAGUCCCAUCAGGCAUCUCUCAGCCAUUUCUCCCAGACAGCAACGGGACUCUGCAGAGGCAGGUCUUUUCAGGAAUGUGUUCCUUUGGCGUAGUAGUACUUUAGUCCCCAGCUGCUUUCCUUGUCAGGGAUAUUCCUUUUUCCUGUCUCGCUUUUACUGCUUUGAAUAUAGACUACCUUCUCCUGGAAUUCUGCUGUGUUCCACUCUUACUCUUUGAAGAGAGUACUAAGCAUUUUUAAAUAUAUGUGAACAUGUUCAUAAUAGGUUGGAUGCAAUUAAAGGAUCCAUUUCUGGGCCAUAUUCUUAUUUUACUGUAUGGGAGAGGCUUGUCCCUUCCAUCUCUAUAACCCUUCCCUCCUACCUCAUUUCUAGAUGUUCAGCCGGGAGGAGUCUCCCAGUGCACUAAGGAUUUCUUUUAUAUAAGGAAAGCUAGUAAGUGAAAAUUCUUUUCCGCUUCUUUAUCCAGCUGUUUACAUUGUCAGCUGCAAGAGUUGCUCCUCUUGCUGUCCACCAGCAUGGAUUCCUGAAAUGGAGCGUUCCAGGUAGGUACCCCUGGUUUCGAGUCUAGUAGCACCUUAGAGACCAACAAGAUUUCUCUGAAAGGAGCCUUGACUCUCAAAAAACUCAAAUCUUGCUGAAACAGACAGGUCUUAGUUAGAUUUGCCUGUUUUCUGAAAAAAAUUAAGUUGCAUUUUUGGGUCCUGGAAGUCUUCGAAUGUCUUUCACUUAAGGAAUGCCAUUCCUCCAGAGAAGUAGCAUACAAGGUCCUCAUUAAUUUUUUCCUCCCAACAACCCUGUAAGGUAGAUUAAGCUGACAGAGAAUGACUGGUCCAAGGUCAUUGAGUGAGCAUCACAGCUGAGGGUCAUGCCUGAAGGCUCCAGCAAUUUUUAAAACUAAGUUCUAAUUCUCAGGCAAAGAGCCCUUGAUUCUGAUCAGGACAAUGGCAUGGCAUGGGGAUUAAUGUCUUCCCCCAUGCCAUUUUCUCAACCUGAAACGAUCUCAGGGAGCCACGACUUGCCCUAUUGGAAUGAACUUACAUAUACAAAUCAGCCCUCCCUCCUGUGAUACGCAGUUUAAAUUUGUCCCCUCCCCUGCAUGCCUGAGAAUAGAGUUUCCCAGCACUGUCUGGUUCGGCUCUGGCUAGAGAUUUGAAUUUGGCUCUCCCGAGUCCAGUACCCUAACCUACUGUCAAUACUGUCCUUCUGACAUGCUCGUAGUAGUGAAAAUCCAGGGCCUCUAUAGAUCCCCCUCCCCUCAACAGGAUGUAGAAGGGAUGCUGCAGGCACAGUUGGUUACCUGGGUGACAGAUGUAUUCAUGUGGAUGGCAUUGCCCAUAUGCCUGUGGAAUUAAAAGUUUUGGAAAUAAAGCAUUAUGAGAGAGUUGAUUGGAGAAAGAGAGAACUGUGUAAAAGUAGAUAAAUCUGGCAACUUCUCUGUUAAACGGAAAAUGGUACUCUUCCUUUAACAGGAGCUUCACAUGCACAGAGAUCUGGCAGGUGACAUUUUUAUUAUGCCAGAUAGAGGUUAACUGCUUAAUAUGUGCAUGUCAGUAGGGUGCUGUUAAACCUGACCCUGAAGGAACUGGUGUGGAGAUGACACACAGUCUUAUGGUGCUGUUUUGUUUUGCUGUUUACAUUGGUGCAUGAGAGCCUUUAUCCCCCUAUUAAAAAAUUUUGUGGCCUCCUACCCUUUUUACAAUUUAAUUUGUACAGAUAUAAAUUGUACAUUCCUCCCUGUUUAGCUUUAAAAAGGCAGCAGAUGCUUCCUCUCCUGCUGCUUUCUGGUGCCUGCUAGAGUUAAACGAGGGCAGUUCACAGAACGGAAGGGGCAGAAAAACUUUGAAAGAAGUGCAUUGGCUCCUAAAGCCUGGUGAUGCCAGGGAAUCUUGCUACAGGACCUUGCUUGGGUUAAAAAAGAAAAACCGUUUCAUAGUGAAAUUGAAAUGACUGCGUCUUUAAGCUGUGCCUCUGAAUCAGUGUACCAUGUCCUUGCUCAGUGUUAACAGAAAUCCCUUUCGCUGCAGAGUUCAGGAAAAUUGCAAUUUACUUGUUCCACAUACUCUGCCGUGCCCCCCCCCCCCACACACAAUAUUUCAUGGAGCAGAGCUGAUGAUCCCUCUUUGUACUUUCCAGGGCUGGAAAACUGCUUAAAAAUUAAAGGUAAUUCUUGAGCCACAGGCCUGAUAAAAUUCUUGCCUUUUUACUGUAAUGGUAGGUGUCUUGAAAGAAAGGAGUAACAGCAGUCUUGGGUACUGUGCCCAAGUCAAACCCUGGAAAUGUUAUUUUAUAGGCAAACUGCUGCCCCUUGCAAAUGUAACUGUGCUGUCCUCUGUGUUCUGUACAUCCAACGCUCCCCUCUCUGGGCUGAGGGAAGGUUGUGAUGAAUCAAAGAUGCUCCCAUUGCUGCACAUUAGUUUGAUAUGUAAAUGCUAACUAUUGAAAGGAAAAUAGUUGUGUUUUGCAUUGCAUUUUAUAAAUAAGAAAUUAGCUUGCCUGCGUCUAGAUGGGCUAUCAUUUUGGCACCAAAGAUUCCCUCCUGCUUCCUAUAGGAAUAUUUAAACUAACCAAUAGGUUUCUGUAUAAUCCCUAUGUCUGCUUUGAUGCCUGUAAGACCCCUAAGAAUUAAUGCUUCAUUUGCUGUUCUUUUUUUAGCAAGCGCAAUUUGUGUCAAUAGGAUGGUUCCCACAGUACAUGGAAAUCGCUUGAUCAUUGGCAUCCGAAUGUGUGGAACCUAUUAUUGUGAAAAGCAGAUUGCUUUGAGGGGACAGCAGGGAAAUUCUGUAAGUCUGUGGUCACACCUGCAAGCCAUCGAGUGAUGAAUGCACAUGGGUGAACUAGACAAAACACAAAAAAGGAAUAGCUGCCACUGAUGACUUCUUGACUCUUACAAGAGAAUCCAGACGAGUUUUUUAUGGAACUAGUGAGUAUUUCUGACCAGCAGCCUCUUAUGAUACAGAAAAGGGUAGCUAGCUCUCACUAUUCUGGCCUUCUCUGACACUGGAUAAGAGCUUGUUCCAGUGAUUCUAAUAAAGGAGGCCACAUUAACAGAAUAAAUGUUGAGUGUAAGUCUGAAUGGUUUCUUUUUUUCUCCUUGCCCAAUAGGAGAGGGGAAAAAAAACUGAUAAAGGGCUUGUUUUAUAAUGGUCAAGAGUGGCAUUUCCUCAGUUGGUGCUGCAGUUUUCAGCCAAUCUGAUAAAAGUUGUUAAGACUGUGGUCAUUCUAACAUGCCUGCUUAAGACCAGUUCAUGUCCCAAGUAAGAAUAAAUAUGAUUUGACCAGCAGCAAGACUCUUCUCACUAAGCUGUGACUGAGCACUUUCCUUUAUUGAUAUAUAAAUUGUUCCUGUGAUAUCUGUCGGUUCUCAGUAAGA